GAAAAUGAGAAUGGACAUGGUUCUAAAGAAGUGUGCUAUACCGUCAUUAAUCACAUCACCCAUUGGAAACCCUCCCUGAGCUCCAGUGAUGAUGGUUAUGAAAACAUUAACUUCACCACAAGGACAGUGAGACAGUGCAGACCAGAGCCAGAGACAGAAUAUGCCCUUAUUAGGUCUUCUGUGACUAGGCCUUCUUCCUGCAUCCAAGAACAUGAUUAUGAACUUGUGCUUCCACAAUAAAACCCUCAAGUUGUCUCAUUACCUUCCAGCAGUGAAGACACAGAAUAACAGACUCUUCGGGAGUUCUUCACUCUCAGAAGGUCAUGCAACAUUCUGAGUUUAUGGCCAGAGUUUAGAAAUGAUAUCAUUUUGCUAUAUUGCCUUGGGCAACUCUGAAACAUGGCAUUUCUGCUGUUUGGGUAAAGCCAUAUUAAUUGACACAAUAGCAUAGAGUAUUCUGUAUGUUUUUGCAUGUAAAGUUUAGAGACCUAGAGAUGGCAAAAAACCUCCCUAGGACAAUAAGCAUACACAGGUAUAUGUCUUAGAAUCUUCAAUUCCAACUCCACUCUUAAAUUUCAAAUGCUGCCAACAUCUUCACUUUCAAUCAUCUAUUUCAUUCUUGAGGUAUAAUCUACUCAAUAAACUUUUAAAAUAUAA